AUGGAGAAAUUUUUUACAGUGCUAGGCUGUAACGAUGAGCAGGAGAUCGCAUGUGCCAACUACCAAUUGGAGGGUGGGGCUGAAACUUGGUGGAGAUCCACACAUCCUAUCUUGACUGCUACACACCCCAACCUCCCUUGGGCACAAUUCAAAGAGGCCUUCCAUGAAAAUUAUUUCCCUCAGAACUUCAGGGAGUGUAAGGAGGACGAGUUCAUGGCCCUCACCCAAGGGUCUAGAUCUGUACUAGAGUAUCAACAGAGGUACGAAGAGCUCCACUACUUUGUGCCUCCUCACAUGAGGGAUAACCAAGAGAAGGCAAGGAGAUUCAAGAGGGUACUUAGGUCCACUAUUGGAGCUAUAGUGGUACCUCACAACGUACAGAGAGACUCCGAGGUACUUCAAAUGGCCAAGUUGGUGGAAGAUCGACAACGAGAUCAUUACAUUGCACAACCAAGACCUGGAAUGAGGCCCAUACCAAUGCAAGGAACUGGGGUAUUUGAGUAG